AUGCAAAAAGAAGAACUCCUGCAGUUCUGCAUGGAAUUGCAGAAUGUCUUAACCGAUGUAAAAUCAAAGGAGUCUGAUGUAGAUGGAAGGCAACUGUGUGAAGAACUUGCUGUAUUGGCUCCUGUUAUAAAACCUACGAUGACACCUGUUGAUAUUUUGGCCUAUGCAGUGAGGAAUGGAUUUGCUCCAAAUGUGGCAAUUGCACUUCGAAUUAUGUUGACCUUACCAAUCACUGUUGCCACAGGUGAGCGAAGCUUUUCGAAACUGAAAAUUAUAAAAAAUUAUCUUCGUUCUUCAAUGUCCCAAGAACGGCUUGUGGGACUUGCCAUGAUAGCAAUAGAAAAUCGGACGGCACAGGAGAUUGACUUUGAAACAUUACUGAAGGACUUUGCGAAUGCCAAAGCAAGAAAAGUUAAAUUUAAUUAG